ACGUAGCCAUGGUUGGAAAAAUUCUUCUAGGACUCCUCUUGUGGAAGUUUUGUUUCACGGUUGCUGGAAAGUGCUACCAAGGAUGCAGUUCAGGCUACGGGUAUGAACAACCGGGAUAUGAAUAUGGUAUGGCCAACUACAUGGAAUCCUCGGCUUAUAACCCAGCUACAUCAGUCCCGAAUAACCAGCCAAUAGUCAUCGUCAUAAAAGAUGACGACAAAUUCGACUUACGUGAUUGGUUGGAGAUUCUGCUAGCUCGUGGUGACAACGAUGCUCCCACAUACAUCCCUUACCCAGUCCCUGUACCAUGCUGCUCAUGUGGAAUGUCAAACUGUUGCCGCAACUAAGACUGCAAUGCAGCUUGCAGAUCUAAUAACGCUAUCAAUCAAAACAGUUCUCAAGAGAUGAUUGCUCGUAUCGAUUGUACAAAAUAUGAAUAAAUAUAGUUCGAGUAAACAGCA